CAGCAGCCCAGAGACUCAAGUUUCCUCCAGUUUUAUUUUCACCAGUGAAGACAGACAAAUACGGCAGCCAUUACUGUGAUCUUCAUCACUGUCAUCUUCAUCAUCAUCUUCAUCAUUAUAAACAAACAGCAGCCAUUACUGUCACUGCUGUCAUUGAUCAUCUUAAUCUUCUUCAUCAUCAUCUUCAUUAUAGUCACCAUCAUCAUCAUCAUCUUCAUCAUUUAAUGAAAACAAAGUGCUUUAACAGUAACUGUAAACAGUUGUUUACGUCAAAGAGGAAUAACAAACAUCACUCGAUGGUUCGAGUCUCAGGAAACCUGGACAUCAGUCAACACUUCCUGUUCUCUGCAGACUCUUGGCGCCCUCCAGUGGUCACCAGCCAGCACUGCAAGUCCUCCAGCUUCUACCACAACAACUCUGAGGAACAAGUAAGUUUUCACUCUUUAGACUUCUGUCAGCAUUUCUGUUUUUUGUUGCUAUCAUUGAACUGAUCGUUGCACAAUACAAAUUAAAUGUAAAAGAUAAAACUCUAGCAGCUAAAAGGUUAAAAGGAUCGAUGUGAACUAUUUGUCUGCUGAUACAAACCUUUACUUUACUUUUACUUGUAAUGGAAUAUUUUUACUCUGUGUUGUUGGUUUUAUACAGUAACAAGUUACCAGUGAUGGGAAAGUCACUCAGAAUCUUUAUUUACAUGGAAGGACGAAUACCACAAUGUAAAAUACUGCAAUACAAGUAAAAUUAAAAAGUAUUAUCAGCUAAAUGAACUACAAGUACUGAAAGUAAAAGUCCUGGUGUAGAAACUCAUCUUCUCUGACUGAUUACAUUAUUAAUCCAAAUGCAUCGACGUUCCAGCUGCUUAAAUAUAUAUUAUAUUAUUUUCGAAAAAUAAAUACAUAGAUUAAUAAUUAUUAUAAUUUAUUUUAUCAUAUAUGCAAAUUAUUAAUUUAAAUCAAUAUUAUUAUUAAUUAGUAAUAACAAUAGAACAAAUAUACUGUGAUGUAUUCACGUGUCUUUUUACACUUUAAUUUCGUCCAGAUUUAGUCUUGAAAGUUUCAAGUUCUUCUCAAAAGCUGAAACCUUUAAAUGUAAAAUAUGAUUUAAUUGUUGUAAUGACGUCGUUACGUAAAUUCCGGUCGUUUGUUCUGUGAAAAACCGUCAAUGAUGUUUCCAUGUUAUUAAUCCGGAACGACAGUUUGUUUUUCCCAGAGGACCGUGAAGGUGUAAAACGGAGUUCUUGAGUUUUAGUGUCUCAAAACAUGAAUUAUUAAUUAAUGAAGCAGUCCGCCAUCAUCUCCACAUCAGCUCUGACACGUCACGCGGCUCUUACGUCAGGAGCAGCACGCGGCAGCUGCACGCCGAGACGCCGGGAGGGGACGGUGCGCGCGGGGCGGCGGUUGGAACACACACAUAAUCACACAUACUCACACAUACACAGGUCAGCGUUUCCCGCCGCUGCUCCUCCUGCAGGAGACCGUUACGGUACCGGACUGAGAGGAUCGAUCCGCCGCCGCACGAGCAUGGAAUGAAAUCCAGAGCGGGAAGCCGGGAAACCAUGGCAACGGAUUUUUAGCAUGAAGCUGACAGCGUGACGCACCAGAUUACGGUCCCGUACAGGUCUGCAGCUCCCUGGUGAAUCAUGUCUUCCUCCUCCUCCCCCUCCUCUUCCUCGGAGCUGCCCUACUUUUGUCCUCGCUGUGGUGACAAGUUUCGUUUCUUGUCUGUACCUGAGCUCCAGGCUCACCUGGUCGGCCGACACACCUACGAGACCCUGCUGGUGCUGUCGCAGGCUCGGGUUCGAAGCUCCAGACCAGGUGUCCUCCUCCCGCUCCCCGGCCCUGCUGUAUCCCAAAGACAGGGCUCCUCUCUGGGCACGGAGCCCCACAGCUUCCCCCUGCAGCUGGCCUGCCUGGAUCUCGCCUCGUCGUCCGCCUCCAUCCAGCUGCUCAGGGAAAUGUUUGGCUCUUCAGAUCGCGCUCUUCCCGCCUCCACAGGACAUCCACAGACCCCCUCCACCGCUCUGGCCCUCCCCGGCUCUCUGGAGCCUUUUCCUGGGAAGAACGUUGGCGAAGUGGGGGUCCUGGAGUUUGGGCUGUCGGUGGGCAUCGGGCUGGAGGAGCGACUGGGGCUCGGGCUGGACCGUAAGAUCGCCCGGAUGUUCGCGGAGGUGGAGGAGAGGGUCAACCGCCGCAUGGGUCGGCUGAGGGUGGCGCUACAGAGGAGAGAGGCGGAGCUAGAGCGGGAGAGGUGGGAGGGGGAGCGACUGAGAAGUGAGAAACAGGAAGUGGAGGAGAGGGCGGCGUACCUGUCCAGACAGGUCUCAGCUGCCAUGGAGAUGAUGCAGCGAUUAAAGAGAGAUCUGCACGGAAAAGAGAAGGAGCUGAAUGAACGACAACAGGAGAUGGUGGACAUUGAGCGUUUUCUGAGGGACACAGCAGAGAAAGAAGCAGAGGCCAAAACCAGACUGCAGGUGUUCAUCGAGACGUUGUUGGAGCGAGCCGACCGCGCAGAGAGACAGUUACUGCAGCUCAGCUCACACACACAUCACAACCGCUUCACACACCACAGCGACAGAUACGCUCACACGGACGUGUACGUCGACCCGUACGCGCUCACACAGGUAUACACACCUGUACUGGGCCGGGGGGGGCGGAGUCUGGACGGAAGCACCGACGACAUUGUGAGCAAGAUGCAGGGAACCAUCGGCAACCGGAGGAGUUACAGUGUUUCAGGCUCCUGCAGACUGGGGGAGCAGCUGUACAGCGACCAUCACUACAGCGGUCUGACCGGACGUAUGCGGACCUUGUCUCUGGGGUCGGGGGGGUGGGACUGUGAGGGUGGGUUGGGCCAUCUCCACCCCCCUCAUUACCCUCCGCUCUGGACUCGACAAGAGAAUAGAAGAGAGAGAUUCUGGGUAGGGGAGGGGGAAUGGGGGAGAACGUGGAACAAAAGAAGCCGUCGUCAUCACAGCACUGAGGAAGAGGAGGAUGAGGAGGAAGAGGAGGAGUACGAUGAAGAGGAGGGGUGUUGGAGCAGCAUUGAGAUGAGGAGGCUCGUCUUCUCCAGGACACACACACCUGGAUCAGACAUCCCCUCCUCCCUCCGCUCCACCCCCUCCCGUCAUCACGGUGACAGACAGCUGGGGGCGGACACCUUGAGGCUGAGGGCGGGGCUUUUAUGCGUCUUCCCGUAUUUGGACGCGCGCUCGUUGCUGUGCGCGGCCGAGGUAUGCUCCGAUUGGCGGUUCGUCGCGAGGCACCCAGCGGUUUGGACACGCCUCCGGCUGGAGAACGCCAGAGUAUCAACCGAGUUCCUGACCACCCUGUCUCAGUGGUGCACUCAGACUCAGUCUGUGGUUCUCAACAACCUGAAGCCACGAGGCAGACGAGCCGACGAGGCGCGGGAGGAUUACCACAGGAACACCAGGGGCAGUGUGGAGCCGGGGGUGGAGGCUCUGCUGCGGUCAGCAGGGGGCAGUCUGCUCCACCUGUCUGUGUCUCAGUGUCCUCACAUCCUCACUGACAGGACGCUGUGGUUGGCCAGCUGCUACUGCAGGAACCUGCAGAUGCUCACAUACAGGAGUUCAUCAGACCCUCUGGGUCAGGAGGUUCUCUGGGCCCUGGGUGCUGGCUGCAGGAACAUCAGCAGCCUGCAGGUGGCGCCGGCUCAUCCCUGCCAACAACCAACUCGUUUUGGAAACCGCUGCCUGCAGACGAUUGGUCGAUGCUGGCCACACCUCCAGUCACUCAGUGUGGGCGGGGCCGGCUGUGGGACUCAGGGAUUGGUUUCUGUUGUGCGUACCUGUGCUCACCUGCAGGUGUUGGAGUUGGAGCGCAUCACCGACAUGGGCCUGCAGGUGGCGAUAGAGCUGUGUCGAGCCGGACUGAAGAGUCUGCAGACGCUGAUCCUGACGCACACACCUGUCAGCGGUCAGGCCAUCCUGCACUUCCACAGUGUGUGUGACAAUAUCAGGUCCAUCAUGGUCGAGGUCUCGGUGUCGGAUUACUUUGAGGAGGCGGACACUCAGGAAGCUCAGCACCUGUUUGGAGAAAUCCUCAGCACAUUAAAGGUUCUUCAGAAGCGUCCCGGCCUGUGUGACGUCCUGCAGGUUAAGGCUGAAGGAUUCUGCUGACCUCAACACACACAUUUGUACUGCCUAAGUCUUAACCUUCGUUCAGUACUGUGAAGCAGUGAGGAUCUCAUGGUGCAGGAACGUCCUCACUUUGAUGGUUUAAAACAGGUCCUCACAAAGACCACAAACUAACACGUAAAUGUUUGUACUUCUAUACUUGUGAGGACCCACGUGACAUGAUGCAUUUCUUAAUCCUAAAGCCAGGGGUCCAUCGAGGACCCUCCUUUAGGAUAUUCACAGCAGUCAGGUUCCUUCCUGUGCGACGUAUUUCCGAUAACUGCCAUAAUUUCCAAGUGCCCGUUAAGACCUCAAGCAUGUGGAGGUUUAUCAACGCUUAUUAAGUCACGCUUGAGUAAUGAGGACAUCCCAUGACUUAAUACAUGCAAUACAUGGCACAACCAAGCUCAGACACUUUGUUGGUUUUAUUUAAUUUCCAUGUAUCAACAACCUUUAAAGAAUAUUUUAAUUAAUUAAACAGUUAAAUCAAGUUAUCUAGAAACAAAUUGGCCCAUAUUAUAUAAAAUAUAAAAGUGAUAUUAGUGCUGAAAUGAUUAGUUGAUUAAUGAAAUUCGAAUCGAUGAAUCGUUUUUCUUAACCUAACAUCUUUGUGUUUUGAGUUGUUGAACAAAUCGCUGUUUGAAGACGUCACAUCAGGCUUAAGGAAAUUGUGAGAAUUUGUGAUUUUUCAAUAUUUUCUGACAUUUCAUAAACCAUCAAUUGGUAAAAUAAUCACAAGCCUCAUCAAAAAUUUCCAAUACAGAUUUCAAAGAUGGAAAUUAUUCUUUUGUUAAAAGGAUAUUUUGUUUUUCAGGUCUCUGAUAAGUGAAAAUCGUAUGAAUACAGAUAAUAACAUUCAUGCUGAAUCCAACGUGUUGUAAUGUUCAACUUUUUCAUUUUCAUUCAGUAGUAAAACCAGCUUUUAAGUGGAGUUAAGAGCGGUGUCCAUCAGAUGUAGGUUAAGUUUAUGAUAUGUUGAAACUCAACAUUGUUGCAGAGCAAUUUUCUGUUCAUCAAUUAAUCGACUAAUCAUUCAGCUCAAACACACUUAACACUCCUCUAACCAGAACCCGUCCCAGAACUCUGAUAUUUCAGUCACUCAGAACCUCAGAAAGUUUGUUUUAUGGCAAUAAUGUUGAAAAACAUAAACUCGCUGGAUGGUAGAAAAUCCUCUCUCCAACUUUAAAGGUGGAAGAAAACGUCAAGUAUCAAACUGAAUGAGUCGUUCAGUUACUGAAAUGUCUUAGUUACAAGAAAUGGCCGUUCAGGAAUGUGGUACGAUAAUCCUGGAUCAGGACAAAACCUUGAACUUUCCCUCACAGUCCCUUAUUCUGCCAGAACCUCUUCACGAAACCCCAAACACGAUCUUUAUUCCUCUUAAAUGGAUCACAAACACCUUUUCCCACCACAUUUAAGUCUGUUUUGCACUUUUUAAAGACAAUCCUUUAUCUCCCCAAACUUCAAAAGUUCAUCUCCAUUUACACUUUAACAAAGCUCAAUACUCCCCCUUAAAUUAACCCUUAGUCUCCACUAACAAACCCUUUAUUCAUAGCUUUUGCUUUUACGUACAAACCCUUCAACCAUUAAGCCAAUAAUAUUAGCAAUAAGGAUUAUAAGAAAAUCCUUAUUCUACCUUAAAAGCUAUACCUCUUGUCAUAGAAACCUUUAGUCUUACUUAUUAUAAAUUAGUAUUCUUUAGCUUUACCUUAAAAAUAAGCACAAGCACACACAAGUAUGCACAAAUAUUUUUGCACAAGCACAAAACACAUCGACUCAUUCGCCAAAGACAUGAAUCAAUUAAUCAAUCAAUCAGUCAGAGUUGCAAAUGUGUUGUAAUUGUUGAUGAAAAAGUGGAUCCAUCAUGUGUCUUUCAACAUCUUUAUAGAACCUACAGGUGCUACGUGUCAUUUUACCAUCAAUAAAUCAUGUUCUCCUCAGUG